CGACUCCCUCCAUGGUUAGGAAGCUUCUGGAAGAGUUGCUGUGAACUGACGUCUCCCAGAAGCUGAGGGUUCAAAACAUCUUCGUAAAAGGUUAUCUGUCAGAGGCAACAUGGUCAAGGAAACUGGCUUUUAUGAUACACUGGGUGUGAAGCCUAAUGCUACUCCUGAUGAACUGAAAAGGGCCUAUCGCAAGCUAGCUUUGAAAUAUCACCCUGACAAAAAUCCUACUGAAGGAGAGAAGUUCAAACAGAUUUCACAGGCCUAUGAGGUGUUGUCAGAUGCCACGAAGAGAGAGGUAUAUGACCGUGGAGGUGAAAAGGCUAUCAAGGAAGGAGGAACAGGUGGUGGUGGUGGUGGGGGGAGCUUUGCAUCCCCAAUGGAUAUCUUUGACUUGUUUUUUGGGGGAGGCAGCCGAAUGCACAGAGAACGAAAAGGGAAAAAUAUUGUUCAUCAGAUUUCAGUGACGCUGGAAGAUCUUUAUAAUGGAGCAACACGAAAACUUGCUGUCCAGAAGAAUACCAUUUGUGAGAGAUGUGAAGGUCGUGGUAGUCGUAAAGGAGCAGCACAAAUGUGCAUGUCUUGCCAUGGAACAGGAAUGCAGGUUCGCGUACACCAGUUAGUACCAGGUAUGGUACAGCAAGUGUCCACAGUGUGCCAUAGUUGCCAGGGACAAGGACAGAGAAUCAACCAGAAGGACCGCUGCAAAUCAUGUGGAGGGCGGAAGAUCCUGCGACAGAAGAAGAUCUUGGAAGUCCACAUUGACAAAGGGAUGAGAGAUGGCCAGAAAAUUGUUUUCCAUGGAGAGGGAGACCAGGAGCCAGGACUUGAACCAGGUGAUAUCAUCUUUGUCCUGGACCAGCGAGAUCAUUCAAGUUUCACCAGGAAAGGGGAGGACCUCAUCAUGUCCAUGGAGUUACAGCUGGUAGAGGCUCUGUGUGGUUUUAAGAAGCCUGUUCAGACACUGGACAACAGAACUAUACUCAUCACGUCGCAUCCAGGGGAGCUGAUCAAACCUGGAGACACAAAGUGUGUCCUGAAUGAAGGGAUGCCCAUGUAUCGCAGACCGUUUGAAAAGGGACGUCUUAUUAUCCAUUUUUCGGUGGUGUUCCCAAAAGCCAACUUCCUCCCCAAGCAUAAGCUGAAAGAGCUGGAGCGCUACCUUCCAGAGAAGAAGGAUGCAGAGCAGCCCGACAGCAUGGACGAUGACCUGUACAUCUACGCUGACCUGGAGGACUGUGAUUAUGAGAACAGAAAAAGAUACAAAAAUCAGUACUACUACAUGGAUGAAGACGACUACGCUAGCACUGGUGGCGUUCAGUGCCACACGUCUUAAAUAACAGCUGAUCUCUGCCUCUUCCACGAGCCCAAAUCCUCAUCUCAAAUGCAAAGCACCUUUUUGGAAUUUUGUGCACUUUUUAUUUUGUUACAUUUCUUAAAAUCAUUUACUCUUUAAGUUUUCUUUAAAGCUUAAUCUUAAACCAGUGCCCUCCUGAUUUAUCGUAAUAUUGUUGGGAUAGAGUGUAUGAUAGUGUAUGAUAAGGUUCCAGGAUCUGAACUUGGAUCCAGCUGAAUGAGAUUCCUCCUCAUCUCUUGGAUCUUAUUUUAAUCCUUUUUUCUUUUCUUUUUUUUUCCUUUUUGUUCCAGUCACACUGUGAUUAAAGGCGAGGGCUGUUAUAACAGAGGCUUCAGAGUAAAGGAAAUGUUUUGUCUAAUCAAGGACUGCCUGCUUUUUAUGCAGUUACACUAAAACUGAUGCCAAUAUUAAUAUGAAAAUAGCCUUUUUAUAGUGUUACUAAAUCAUUUGUUAUGAACCACUUGUUCAUGGCUCAUCCAGUCCACUGUGCUUGAGGACCCAGUGUUCGGAUGAUGGUGGAGGGGGGUGUGCAUUGAAACCUGAGUUAAACCUUUAUGCUGUUUUACCCUUUCAAGGGCUACUUUUUAGAAAUUUAAAAACAAUCUUGAAAAUGUGACAGAAAGAUGUGAAUUGAGAGUUGCCAGGCAGGUUUAAGCCGAUUAAUUGUAGUUCACUCCAGCUAAUGUUUAAAUUGUUUUUUGCUGAUGCCACAACAUGUUUUUCUUCUCCUAUCUCUGUGGGGCCUUUUUUUUCCUAAUGCUGCUGCAUUAGAUCUCUUAAUACAUAAAACCUGCAGCAGUUAUGUUACAUGAAAUGAUACAUGGUGUUUAAAAAGACCCCACAGAGUUAUAAAGUGCCAAGUUGCACCCAGGUUGUUUUAAAAAGAAUGGCCAAUGUGGGCUGAAGGUACUUCACAUCUUUUCAGUUGUGAUUUUUAAAUUAUUAGAAGAUGAAGAAUUCUAAUCUGUCUUAAGAAGUCUAAUUUGAAUGACAAAUCAAAGUAGAAAGUUCAUCUUGUUGAUGGGUUUUGCUGAUGUUGGCACACAAGCAAAUACAGGUGGAGUAUGCUGUUGUAAACCAAUGUACCUUUUGUCAAAUUCAGAAAAUAUCUCCUCAUGGUUAAGGGCUGGCACACAGAGAGAGGCUUGGACCAGCCUAUUCAACAUUGUUCCAACAAGAGGAACUGUAAAUCUGGUACAUGCUAACUAUCUGCAUAUACUUACUUGAUGAAUAUCAAAAAGCUUUCUUUAGAAUUGCAGACUCCAUCUUCAGUUGUGCCCUUCUUUCAUAUUUACAGUUCGACUUGUAAAUGCCAAGUGGGUCAUGGGAGGCAAAUCUGAUACCUCACUUGAAGUGUCUGCCUGUUUGCAAGCCUUCUCAUAACUUAACUUGAAGUUACUUGAUAAUGCAGUUUUGUUUUCUUUUGUUUUUUUUCUCAUGAUUUUUGCCUUGGAUAUUGUGAAAGAGUUUUGGUCAUAGAGGAGGGGGUCCUUAAGAAUACUGUAGGUUGUUCUUGUUGAAAGCAGAUGUGAAUUUAAGAGUCCUCAUAAUUUCAGGGGAUGUCAGUGCAAAGUUCAACUUAAAUAAGUGUUGUCAAGUUCUUAAUUUAACUUGAGGCAUGUUGGGACCAAGGAUCUACUUGUUCGUGUUUUCUAAUUAAAUGUCAUUUGAGAGUCUUUCUAAA